GACUGAGACUAUCAAAACUGGUUCUCUUUCCUCUAACACGGGCUUCCCCUCUGGUCCUCUCUCAUUCACGUCCGGCUAAGAAUCCAACUGCUACACUUUUGUAACAGACUCUGGUUCUCCACGCGCCCCUCAAUGUAUCUCCACCCACCGCAAUAUUUUUUACAAAAAAACCCAAAUCAUACCAAAAUUCCUCACCAUCAACGACAAUCCUUUGCAUUCUUAGCUACCAAAACCCCCUCUUUCCAUGAAUAAAAACCCUAAUUUUCUCCCACAUUCUUUACAGGGAAUGUCUCUUGACUAUAAUGGACAUGGAUGAUGAUCUCACAAAAGAUCUCAGAUAUUGUUAAGGCAUGAAGGGCAAACAUGUGAAUGUACCAUGAUGAUUUUUCCUGAAGAAAUUGUCUUGGCAUGAAGGGAAAGCAUGUGCAUGUAUCAGAAUGAUUUACAACCAAGAUCAGAAUGUAGUAAUUAUGCUUGCUGAGAAUAUAGGUUUCUAGCAUCAUCCCAAUAUUUAAGCACAAACAAGCUUCAUAUAUGGUACAACUUAAAAAGCGUGUUGUACGACAAUCCACUGCACAAAAAUGAUGGAAAUACAUGAGGCACGCGCCUCAGGGUCAACUUUUUGCCAAAAAAAAAAAAAAAAAAAAAAACGCGCCUCAGGUGUGCAUCUGGAAAACUCGCGCCUUGUGAGGCUGAGGUGCUGAGGUCUGCGCCUGAGGGCGCCUUGCGCCUAGGCGCACCUUAGGUGUGCUUGUUUAAACCAAGGGGCCGGAUCCUAUGCACAAUAUCCGCGUAUUUACUUCCACAAUUACUAUAUAAUGUUGGUGAUGAGGCCUUAGAGGGAUGUACUACAAAACCCUAGAAAACUAAGAGCGCCGCCGCCGACCGACGCCUCCAUCGACAGUCUCUUCUUCAGCAGCAGCCCUCGAUUACUCAUUCCAUUUAUCUUUGUUUCAUUGGAACGAAUUGUUGCUUGAUUUCAUCGGUGUGCUCGUAAUUCCUACUUUUUGAAACUCUCAGUCAACCUCAUCAAUCCCGAAACUGGACAAAUCAUAAAGACAGAUGGAUAAGAAAUCUGUGAGGAAUCAGGAUUCCAAGAAGGCAUCCGUGGGUCCUAAAGGCCAGCCUUCAAAAACAAACAGAAAAGGGGAACACCCUGUACAGAUCUCACCAAUCACAGAGCCAGUUUCUGGUUCCAGACUCCCAGUUAAAUCGAUCUGCAUGAACUCUGCAUGCAGAGCUGUGGUUUCCGAUGUUGACGGCUUCUGCAAGAGGUGUUCAUGCUACUUUUGCCUUCAAUUUGAUGACAACAAAGAUCCUAGUCUUUGGUUGGAAUGCACAUCUGAUUCUACAUCAGAGUCAUGUGGUUUAUCUUGCCACAUUGAGUGUGCCCUCCUACGACAAAAGGUCGGAGUGGUUACGCUUGGCGAAGCAAUGCAGCUCGAUGGGAGCUAUUGUUGUGCUUCGUGUGGUCGUACCUCAGAGAUCCUUGAGUGUUGGAAGAAGCAGCUGACUGUUGCUAAGGAGUGCCGACGUGUUGAUAUCCUAUGCUAUAGGAUAAAUUUGUGUUUUAGGCUUCUUGAUGGCACAGUAAGGUUUCAAGACCUGCAUCGGUUUGUUAUAGAUGCAAAGGAUAAACUAGAGAUGGAAGUGGGCCCUUUGAGUAGGGUUCGUGCUACACGCAGUCAUGUCAGCAGACUCUCUGUUGCAGGGGAAGUGCAAGCGUUAUGUAAUGCUGCACUCCAAAAGGCAGAUGGAUUUUCUGCCACACCUUCUAGUGCCCCCGGUGGUAAAGAAAGCUCUGUUCCUCGAAUUGAAGGAACACGCAAAGAUGCUGAACCAGACUACUCUGGGAAGAUGCCCGGCACUUCAAAAGCUGAGAGGUCACCUUCUACGUCAAACAAGCUGGACGUGAAUCGCAACAAACUUCCUGAUCUUAAUGACGAAGCUACUCCAGAUGAAGCAGAUCACCCUAGGGAUGAAGCAGAUCACCGUAGUGGCGGAUCAGAAACCUUGGCCCAACAUGGGCUCAAUGUGGAAGUGCCUGCUGUUAACUCCCCGGCUGGGACGCCAAGAAAGAGGCCAGCUAGUAGAGAGGCUCAUGAUUCUGAUGGUACAUUUGUACAUAUCACACCCUUUCCGGCCCACAGGGGAGGACCUGGUAACUUGGAUCAAUACUUGGAGGUGUUCCGAAAGCUUGAGCGUGAAGGGCACAUAACUAAAGAAUUUAGACGAAAACUGUUCACGUGGUUUAGUCUGAGAUCAACCGAGCAGGAACGUAGCGUGGUCAACACUUACAUCCGAGCACUCGAGGAUGACCCGGAAAGCUUAGGUGAACAGUUGGUUGACUCAUUUGGUGAUAUCGUGAACAACAAAAAGCCUAGAAACUAAACAAGAGGGAAUCGCGCUUGUUUCUUGUAUAGGCAUUUUCCCCCUCACCAUUAGGGCAGCUAGACAUCUCAUAUUUUCUUUACAUUUAUUAACUGUUUUUGUUUUUGUUUUUUUUUUAAUUUUGUUUUGGUCAUUUUACAUUAAAAGUAUUUGUAACAGUUAUGUUGUAGACAGGUCUAGUUAUUUAUUUAUGAAUGAUUUGGUUCACCCAAUAUAAGUUUUAAA